CUUCAGUGUUCAUUCUACUUACGUGAAAAGUUGUUCAGUGUUCAUUAAUAAUGGAGUGUGAGAAAUAUUGUUAAAAAUGUCGGACAGUGUCGAGGACCUAGCGAGACGGUACAGACAAAAUGUACUACUACAGGAACAUCCGCGAAGCAUAGGGUUGUUCACGAUACCGGAGUACCCAGAAUUGGAAGCCAACCGAGGCAUGUGGUCUGUCGCCUUGGACGCUAUAUUGACGACGCUGCGGUACCUCGCGCCUGCUACUCUACUCACUCUCUUCUGGGGCCAACAAAGCUUUCUGUUCAGAAUUUUGAAGCACAUCGACUCCGCUUUUAGAGCAAUAGUAUUCUCGAGCGAGGAGCAAAAGCAAUCAGUUCUACGAUGGCUGGCAGAAGCUGGUCCCGUCAGAGUGGAGCACUUGGACACAGUGUGGCGGCACGGCUGGGUGCUAUGCGGUGUGCUAGACGCGGCCCUGCCCGGCGCCUGCGCAGGGCAUCCUCCCACCCGCCUGUCUCUUAAACAUGCACAAGCUAUCGCCGACCAUUACCUUGGUGUUGAACCUGUUUUCUCCCGUCAAGAGUUGGAGUCAAACGAUUCGCUAAGCAGACACCAAGAAUGGAAGCUCGCCACGUACUUAGACCGUAUUCGAGAAGCACUUUCCAAAUUAACGCCACCUGUUUCAAAACCAGUCUCUCAAAGAACCUCUCCAGAAACCACACAGUUCACUCUUGACUACGUUGCAAAAGGAUCUGGGUUAUCAGCAGCUCAAGUAAAUAAUAAAGCUAGUUUCAAAGUAUAUCCAACGGCACAACAGGCGUUGGACCCCGGAGAAAUAACGAUCCUAAUACGAGGACCUAGAGACACUUAUGGCAUGACUGUACUACCGCCUAUCCUGGGCAAAGCACAGAUGAUCAGACAAAAACUCUUGGGCCUACAAUCAAAACAGAACUUCACUGAAAACGUUUUGCCAAUAACACAAGGAGCGACAUACUUACGAUCGUACGGCAAAAACGAUAUGAACAAAACAUAUUACAUACCGAAAACGAAGUAUGAUAUUGAAAUCGAUGUCGAAACACGAACAGAUCACGCGAAAAUAAGUUACGUCGUAAACCUUGAAGGAAAAUAUUUAAUUUCUAUAACAAGCAGAGGCCAAAGCAUUGUUGGUUCACCAUUCACGAUAACAGCCUCGCAUAACAUCAUCAACACACUAGAAAAAGACAACUACUGUUUAGAAGACGGUGAAGAAAUAGAUAUAGUUGACGUCAAAACUGACAGAAAAGUUGUACUACGUAUAGUCGAUUUUGUUACUGAGAAAAUGUUGUUGAAAGAAAAUGGUACUUUAGAGAAAAUAAGUGACGAUGAAGCAAGGAUUCUAAUGACAACUGACACAGAAAAUGAUAUGCCAAAUUACAGCACUGAGAGCUGUUCUGAUGUCGAGACCAGUUCAGAGUCAACAGUCGUCAAAACUUUGAGCUUCAAUAAAGUCGCAUCUAAAAUCUUAGCAAUGAACAGGGUUUGCAAAGUUCUGAAUGAUCUUAAAUCAGAAAAACAAUUAGAAUUUACAAAGAAAGAAAGUUACCUUAGAGCAAGGAGCAAACAAGAAAUACCUGAUAUUGUAAAUUCUACCUUAACAGAAACAAAAGCAAAACCUUUCAUAAUACCAGAACUGCGAGAAAAAUAUAUUGUUCCAGAAAGUAUUUCAGUAUCUUUGAGGGCGGAGAAAUCAACUACCUCCUACGAUACUGACCGACAUAACAUAAGAACUGAUAGUGAAGAACUGAUAGUAAAUAUACCCACGGAAUCUACUAGAAUAGAUACUCCUGAUAGUUUGGAUGGAUACACUGAGACACAUGAAGAUCAAAUUGAUAACUUAUCUGAUCGAAUGACGCCAUCAACUACAAACAAUCCUUUCUUGAACGACAUGUUCGAAGAAAACUACGUUGCUUCCAAAAAUUUAGGACCGUUUGUAGCUUCAGAAUAUGAACGAAACAACUCGCAAAAUGAGGAAACCAGGGAUAGUUCAAUUACAAUUCUGAUUGAUCCUAACAUGACACCGUCACCAGCCAAUAAUAAUCCAUUUAUUGAUAUUGAGGAUGUAGGUUAUAUCAAACCUGAAUCUAUUUUAUUAGAACGGCCUAAAACACCAGUCUUAAAAAUAAUUUCAGGAGAGAAAGUUGAUCGCGAAGAGUCUGUAUAUAUUGAUCCAAAAGCUGAAUUAAUGGCUGAGGAAGCACUGGGCAACGAAUUUGUAAAUCCUUUCUUCAUGCAUCACCAAUCAGGUCAUUUUGAACAGCCAAAACCAAUGACUGACUUUAUCAUUGGGGCCCCAGUUUCUUUACCACCCAUCAUAAGAGCUCGAUCGCCAGAACCAGAAAUAAAACCGCUGAUACUCCCAGGCACUGACAAAAGAAAGGGUGUGAAAAAUAAGAAAAUACAAGAUAACAAAACUGAAGAGACCCGUACAGAACCAGUUAUACCACAAACUGAUUUGCACCUACCAAAAGAUGUCAAAAAUGAAAACAUUUCUGAAGAUAAUUCCACCUUUCAUAGUUUAGAAUCUAACUUGACUAUUGACAAUUCUAAUGCGUCAACAACAAGCGACAAUCAAUAUGAACCAUAUCAAAUUGACUUAAGCAGAAAUCCAUCGCCCAGGAAAGAUAUAUGGGAUUCUGCAUACGUAAGUAUCGAUGACAAUAACAGCUCUCCAGAUAGCAAUAAUAACGAAAAUAAUAUACAAUGCGAGUCACUUAGUAAACCAAAGUUUUCUCCUAGUGACGAUAAACUUGGUUUAAAUCAGGAAGAUCUGUCGAACAUGGGACCAGCUGAAAGAGAAAUUUGGCAAACAUGCAACGAAUUGAAAAUCGAACCCACCAAAGUUCAGGAAGAACCGAAACCUUACAAGUGGGAAAUUAAACGACCGACGUUCACACCCAUCAUUGAAGAGAGCGACAGGAGUAUAUCAUCGGGCACCAAAGAUAUUCCAAGAAACGAAAGGUGCACGAAGCAGGGAGAUAGUGACAGUGUGUCGGUGGCAUUUGCUGAACUGAAUGAUAUGUACCAAGAAUACUUUCCUAAUUCAGAAACUAGUUCUACUGCCACUGUGGAUGAAAAUAAUAAGAUUCACAGUACAGAAGUAGAAUACGUUACACACACCAUGGACGCUAGUGUCGAUUCUGCAUCUGAUGCAACAGAUGUGAAAAGACACGCAGAGGAAUUAGAAGGAACGAUUUCUGAGGUUCAGGCAAAUGCCACUGAAUCUGUUUCAGUAAGUCAACCCCUUCGCAUUGAAAAUGACAAAAUCUUUGAACAGAAGAAGGAAAAUAAAGAUGAAACACAAUUUGGUGAAGUGACGUACAGUAACAUAGUACUUGAAAAGAAAAAAUACUGGGAUGAGAAAAUUCGCCAAAUAGAGGCUAAGUCAGCAGAGACUUCAAUACAGCCAAAGAGAAAACGUAUUUCUGCGAAACAAUUAAAACAUGAUUCUUUAAGUAAGCGAAAGGGUAAACAGAUUCUUAAAAACUUCCUAAACUCAGGUGAUUAUAGUCAAGUAAAAAAUAUAAAUCAAACUGAAGAUAAACAUAUAGAAAUGAAACUACAAGAACCUAACGAACAAAAAUCACAAGACGAAGUUAAUACAAAUGAAAAGCUAGUAGAAAGAUGGAAGAAAUAUUGGGAUGAAAAGUUAGAAACAGAUCAAGUACAAGUUGAAGCUUCUGCUUUAAUAACGAAAUCUCCUAGUAAUAAAGUACGAACAUUAAGCUCAUCUUCCACUUCUAAUAAAAAUGAAAACCCUGUUGAAGUAAAAGUGGAAGCAACAAAAUACCACAACAACGUAUUACUUUCUGAAGAACAUGCGCCCGUGAAACAAGAAUUGCCAGAAGAAGUAUUUAAAGCAUUCGAAACAAGUCCAAAGAGAUUUUUCGGAACGUCAAGGAAGCAAAUAUUAAACAAAAUUGACACAUUCUUAGGAAAACCGAGCGCUGAUGACAUUCCUACCACGGACGUUACUGGUGGAGAGUGUCAUGAGAGCGGUCUAGUGUCUAGUCGAAUAUCUUUGUUUCACAAUUUGUCUAAUACAGAACCUUUACCUUGGGCGAGAAGAAAAAGCCAAUCUUUACAAAAUGUAAGUCAAAGACUAGGUAGCAAUCAAAACAUUGUAUCUUCCGAAGAAAAUCUACACGUGGAACUAAUUAAACGUCCCAAUACUGAAACUUUAGAAGACAGGAUCAACGAAGCCACCAAUUACAGUAUUAAAGAAUCUGCAAAUUUGAAAAACAAACGAGCUCGAAUGGUUCAUAGUUCAUUUAAUAAAACUUUAGAUGAAACAAUUUAUAUAGAGCCUGUACAAGAACAGUUUGUAACUUCGACGCCAAAUCAAAAAGAAACUGCAAGAAAGUCAAUACAAAACGUACACAAAGAAUAUGAACCAAUCCAAACUACAAACGAAGUUCUUCGUAAAAAAUCGUUCAGCAAAUCAGAAAUGGACAUAUUUAAUAAAAUUCCAAACGAUACGACAGACGAUGGUUUGGAUAAAUACAAGUCAUGCGAUGAAUUGCCUAAGAUUAAUGUGAAGAGCUUUAUAUCGCUUUACGAAAGCGUGACAAAGACUGCAACAGCACCAAAACCGGCUAGGAGGGUGUACAGAACUAGUUCUGCUGAUUCACAGAAGAAUUCUCCAUCCCACAGCAUAAAUUCAGAUGCUGUGCACAGACAUAACGUCGACCUAGGGAGCGUUUCUAGCUGCGGAUCAAAAAGAACUACGCCAGGAGCUACACCCACUAAUAUGUGGACAAGCAGAGAUUCAGAAACAGUCAGCAAUCUUAGUUUUGACACGAGAACUUCUGGAUCUUUUGACGUUGAAGUAAUUCCUAAUGAAAACAAAAAUACCACAUAUUUAAGUCUUUCUGACAUAGAACUAGAAAUCAUAGAGUGUAAUACAGAUAAAUCAACUGAAUCGUCUCCAGAAAGGGAAACCGAGCCAGCCCAUCUAGAAUACAAAAACAGAUUCAAAAUGGCAAAAGAAUUUUUUCAAUCAAUUGAAGAGCUAAGGGAAGUUAAGAAGCCUAGAAAACUAAAUGAAUGUGAACAACUUUUACGUAAGCAAUCGACAGAAUCCGUUGAGAACGAUCGCCCUCAAAAGAGGGUGAAGAAGAACAUUAAAUCUCACUCCAUGCCCUCAUCCGAGAUAUCGAAGAUCUGGAAUGAACUACAAGAAAACCGGGAGAGCUCUUCAAACACGAAACUAGUGAAAAUAUCAGAAAAGUUUAACGUGGAAGAUUUGUUUACAGAUGUGACUGAAGGGAAACUGAGUAGGCAAGGGAGUUUGAGAGGAAUACCUCACAAGAAAGCAGUACUAGAAGCAUUCAGAUCUAUGGAAAACGUAGCUGAUACAUCGAUAAACUCAUACGAGAUUUCCGAAUCACAGAUAACGGAUUUCGCUAAAGAACACCCGGUGAGAAAUGCACAGACUUACCUGAGCGAAUAUCCAUAUUUGCCGACAACAGAUCCAUCGAAAUAUCAUUCAAGGCUGGACGUGAAAGCAUCUGGGCUCAUCUCAUUGAAAGAGUUGAAGCAACGAAAACCGCGAAGGAACAGUGUGCCUGAUCUUAGAUUAAAUCCUAAAUUUACAGUUGACCUUUAGUUAAGUGCUUUAAUCUUUUGAACAUAAGGUUCAAUUUGUGUUACUGUUAUGAUUUCUAUAUCAAAUUGUGCA